GGGCCGCCGGGGCCUGGGGCUUCCACUGCGGGGCCGAGCCGUAGCCCUUCCUUUGGGGCGCUGCGGAAGCCGUUUACGGUCUGGGACAAAAGUGAAAAUGGGGAUUGGCACUGUACUGCCAGCUGGAAGACGCACAGUGGGUCUGUCUGGCGAGUGACCUGGGCUCAUCCUGAAUUUGGACAGGUCCUGGCUUCUUGCUCUUUUGACAGAACUGCUGCUGUGUGGGAAGAGAUAGUGGGAGAGUCGAAUGAUAAACUCCGAGGGCAGAGUCACUGGGUAAAGAGGACCACACUGGUAGACAGUAGAACAUCUGUUACAGAUGUAAAGUUUGCUCCCAAGCAUAUGGGUCUUAUGUUAGCAACCUGUUCAGCAGAUGGAGUAGUGAGGAUAUAUGAAGCCCCAGAUGUUAUGAAUCUCAGUCAGUGGUCACUGCAGCAUGAAAUCUCAUGUAAACUAAGCUGCAGUUGUAUUUCUUGGAAUCCUUCGAGCUCUCGAGCACAUUCUCCAAUGAUAGCUGUUGGAAGUGAUGACAACAGUCCAAAUAUUUUGGCUAAGGUUCAGAUUUAUGAAUAUAAUGAGAACACCAGGAAGUAUGCAAAAGCAGAAGCUCUCAUGACAGUCACUGAUCCUGUGCAUGAUAUUGCAUUUGCUCCAAACCUAGGAAGAUCCUUCCAUAUCUUAGCUGUGGCAACCAAAGAUGUACGAAUUUUCACGCUAAAACCUCUAAGGAAAGAACUGACUUCUUCUGGAGGAUUAACAAAAUUUGAAAUUCACAUAGUGGCUCAGUUUGAUAAUCACAACUCCCAGGUCUGGCGAGUGAGCUGGAAUAUUACUGGCACAGUGCUUGCAUCAUCUGGUGAUGAUGGCUGUGUUAGGCUAUGGAAAGCUAAUUACAUGGACAACUGGAAGUGCACUGGCAUUCUGAAAGGUAACGGGAGUCCAGUCAAUGGUAGUUCUCAGCAGGGCAUUUUUAAUGCUUCUUUAGGUUCAGCCAAUACAAGCUUCCAGAAUUCACUAAAUGGAUCAUUUGCUGGCAGGUAUUUCUUUCCCCCUCUGGAUUCCCCACGGGCUGGAUCAAGAUGGUCCAGUCAUGCCCAGCUCCUACCUCCUCCUCCUCUGAUAGAGCACUCUUGCGAUGCUGACACUGCCAACCUCCAGUAUCCUCACCCUCGCAGACGAUAUAUCUCUCGGCCUCUUAACCUUUUACCUGAGAAUGAAGGGGUUUAACAUACGUUGUUUAAAAUAAACUCUAAAGGGCCUAUUCGAUGCUUGUAAAUGCUUACGUUUUCCAGCUGCUUUCAUUUUUCAUUUUUCCUUCUGAAGAUUUUCAAAAUUUGGGGGCUUUUUGCAUGUUUUGCAAAACAAACCACAGUAUUUGGAGUCUUAACGUUUAUGCUUGUGCAUCAAAGGAACACUAGCUUCAUUGUUCCAAUACCCUUUGAAUUAUGACAACACAGUACCAGCAGCAUUAAGUAUGAGACCUAUAUGCAGAGUAGUUGACUUCAAAAUGCCUGUCCCAUAUUUUUUGUACCCAGUUUGUUGUGGUCUUGAGUUUUUUUUCUUUAUUUCUUUUUUUUUUAAUUAAUUUUAUUUUUUGUAUAUCACAUUGAUAUAUGUGAAACGUAUUGUCAGAGUUCAACACGCUCUCAAGAAACUGUUCUGUAACUCAAGGAUCACGUUAGAAGUAACUCCUAAAAUAAACUGUUCCUGUGUAUACUGCAGCAAAAUGGUAAUUCGGAGUGUUUGGUCAUUUGAAGUUUCCACCUCACUGCAUAAGAUUUAAAUAUUUAAUUUUUUAAAAUUAUCAUCAAAUAGAUUAAUAAAAUGUAUUUUAAAAGAUUUGGAUUAUUGUGCUCUCUUUUUAUUUAAUUAAAAGGCACCUAGUAUGAUAUAGGGGCAUGUUAGUCAAGUGUCCCAUCUGUCAUCUUAUUUAGAUUAAGGUGUAUGUGGUGGAUUAAUCUGGAGCUUCAAACAAAAUUUUCCUUAAAAGUUUAGUAUACAAUUUCGGUUAAAUACUUUUCAACUAUUAGGUGUUGAUAUGGAACACAAAACAUCUUGUUUGUAACUGUUAGAGGACUGCUAAAAAGAAAAUUAAAUUAUAUACAGUUUAUUAGCGGUGUGAUAGAAAAGGAGCAGAUAUAUAUAUAUAUAUCUCAUUAUAAUUCAGGUUUGGUGUGAAUUACAUUAAAAGGGGCCUACAAGUAUGAAAGGUCAACAAAAAAGUGUUUUUAGUCACUGUCAAGAGCUUUUAAUCACCUAACAUUUGAUGCUCUUGCCCUUUCUAUUAAAGUAGGAGAUUAAUAAUAUAAGUCUCUGGAGCCAAAGCAGAGAAAUAUAGAAUUGAUAUUCUUAAUCUUGGCUGAAAUGAUUUAGGUGUGGAGAUCUCCCUCCUUGAGCAGGAAGCUUGGAUAGUUGAUCUCCUGAAGUCUCUUUCAGCCCGAUUUUUCUAAGGUCUUAAGGUAAAAAAAUAUGAUGCGUUUGUUUAACAAAGUAGCAUAGCCCUGAUUGCUCAAAUAUAAUUUACAGGUCACUUUGAAAUCUGUAAGAUGGCUGCUAUUCCAACUCCUAUUUUGUCAUGGUGUAGCUUCACAAUUACCUUUGCAUCUGAAUGAAAUAUUUAAAGAUUCUACUUUGAAUCUGCAGGUUUCAGCAUAUCUUUUAACAGUAUACACAACCACAUUUAUUUUGCGUGCCUGAGGCAUCUUUGACAUUUACAAUGAAGAAUUCUGAGUGUAAAAUAUACACUCUGGCUCACUCAGAGCUGAGUAAUACUACAGAGAAAUGUUUAAUGUACAAUUUCUUAGUAAAAAUUCAGAGUGCUCAUUAUAUAAGAAUUACAUGAUUAUGAUGGAAUAAAAUAAAGGUUUUUUGCUUUGCUUUCUUUUAUCCACUCAUCACCAAAACUGGUAAAUCUACAAAAUGAAAUGGCAGAGUAUCCAAUGCUUUGAGAACAUCAGCUGACUUGAGGGUUGCUAGAGAUGCCUUUCAAACCAACUAAUUUUCAGGAGCAAAUUUCCACUGUGACUUUAGUACAGUAUGCCUCUACACUUUUAAAAUGAGUAUACUAAGAGAGGAUAAAUUUGCUGAAGUUGUUUUUCCUAUGAAUUGACAGGACUUUUGCGAAGAUUCAGCAUAUCAACUUAAUGAAACAGUGAUGAGUUACCCCGGUGACUUAUUAACCAGAUUCCACUGUAAUUACAUAUUCACCUUUGCAAAUUGAUUAUAUGUUGAACUAUGAUACCGUAAGGCAGCAGUUCUCAAACUGUGGGUCACAACCCCCACAGGGGUCAGGAGCAACUUUAAAAGGGGGUUGCAAAUCCACGCAGGGGACCCUGUAGCUCGUCGAUCAGCCACCAGGGGGUCAUGGUAUCUCAAAGUUUGAGAACCCCUGCUCUAAGGGUUCCAAGAAACAGAAAGUUUAGAAAAAUGCAAUCUCUACAUGGGGAAGAUGUAGGACUACUAGAACGGUGCUUUCCUCAGUGUAGGAAUGGAAGCAAGGCAGCUCAGCUCCAAUGGCCCUGGCAAGGCUGUAUUGCUCUGCUCUGGCUAGAUAAGCAAAACUAGGUAUCAUCUUGGUUCAGAGAUGAUACCUUUGAUUUGACCAACUAAGAAAUUGCAAAAAAAAAAAAGGGAACCUGUUGCUUCCAUCAUUUUUUGUUCAACUCAGUGUCUGUUCAUCGUAUUCUUUAAGUUAAUGGCAAUUUUAAUUAUUUAUUUCCUUAUAGCUGGCUGCUCUUGCUUUCAGUUAGUAAUUAGUCUAGAACAGUCACUUGAUUUUCCUUCAGGCGUGACAACAUGCUGCUAUCGGGAUCCUGCUAUAUUUUUCAGUCAGUCACCCUUUUUUCCGUAUAGGAAGCUGUGCUGUUUACAUCUCCGGUUCACAUGAACUGCAACAAACACAGAAUCAUCAUAUUAAAAAGGCUGCAUGAUGUUCAUGUAAACAACAAGGACAAAACCUUUAUCUGCAUAAAAUGUCUGAAACACUCAAUUCCAUCAUUUCUUUGAC